CAGUUACGAUUGGACCCUGGCCGAGUGAGGUUUACAUCAAAUAAAGCACGCAUAGCAAAAUGCAARUGWUUUAAUUAACYACUACAAGAAAAGUAUAUAUAAAGUGCAAUACUCUCCGAAUUGCUCUGCAAUUAAGGGAGAGUUAAAAUGAGUCGUUGGCUUUGGUUGGCCCUUUUCCUGCUGCUGCCAUUGGCAAAUACAACACCACCUGUUAGCUUCGAGGCGAACCCGGACACGAAACGUCUCUAUGAUGAUUUAUUGAGCAAUUACAAUCGCCUGAUUCGGCCUGUGGUAAAUAAUACGGAGACACUUACCGUCUGGCUGGGUCUCAAGCUGUCGCAGCUAAUCGAGGUCAAUCUGAAGAAUCAGGUGAUGACCACCAAUUUGUGGGUCAAGCAGGUGGGUGAACACUUAACCUAAACU